AUGGCAAAUCGAACAGUAAAAGAUGCGGUCACCGUAAAAGGGACAAAUCCACAAUAUUUAGUGGAAAAAAUUAUUCGCACACGAAUUUAUGAUUCGAAAUAUUGGAAAGAAGAAUGUUUUGCAUUAACUGCAGAACUUCUGGUAGACAAAGGAAUGGAACUACGAUAUAUCGGCGGAAUCUAUGCAGGAAACGUGAAACCAACACCUUUUUUAUGCCUGUGCUUGAAAAUGCUACAAAUUCAACCAGAGAAAGAUAUUGCUGUUGAGUUCAUUCGGCAGGAAGAAUACAAAUAUAUUCGUGCACUGGGAGCGAUGUACAUCCGACUUACGUUCACUUCUAUUGAAGUUUACAAAUAUUUGGAACCCCUGUAUAACGAUUACCGGAAAUUGCGAAUGAUGAACAAUGAAGGAAGAUUUGAAAUUGUUCAUAUGGAUGAAUUUAUUGACAGUUUGUUACGUGAUGAACGGUACUGUGAUAUUCAUUUGCCGAGAAUACAGAAACGAAUAACUUUGGAGGAAGUUGGAGAGUUACAACCAUACGUUAGUGCACUCGAUGAAGAUCUCGAUAAGUUAUCAUCAUCAGAUUCCGAGGACGAUGACGAUAGAAUUCGCAAAAGAAAAGAACGUUCAAAGGCAGGCAUAUAUGUUAUGCCUCGCCGACGCAGUUAUUCAAGAGAACGUGAACGGGAACGUGAUGUGGAUCGAGGUAGAGAUAGGGACAGAGAAAGAGAACGAGAACGGGAGAGGGAGCGUGACAAUGAUCGUGACAAAGAUAGGAAUAGAGAUCGCGAUCGACGUCAUCGCACACCGGAGUAUCGUGAUCGAGAACGAAAUAGUCGAAAAGACAAGGAACGCGAUAAGGAUCGAGAGCGGUGA